AAUUUCGUUGUGUCGCUAAAUAGUGAGACGUGAGACACUCCCGUGACGUCAUUACAUGUCUUUCCCCCAAAAAAACGUUACCACUCGGAAUUAAUGUAAACAUUUUUGUUCAUAAAAUGUCCACGCAUUUGUGUCGGGAAAGCUGCGCCACGUCGCUCGGGGAAAGUAAACAAAGCCAAUAAGUACCCGGAUGUGAGAACGACGACGCUAGGCCGCGACUGAAAAGCUAACAAACGGAGGAGACGCUAGCACGUUUAAGUAAACCGGAACGUCAUCGAGGCCCAGAAAUGUUCGGUUCUUCGAGGUCCGGCGGGGUUCGAGGAGGCCAGGACCAGUUCAACUGGGAUGAUGUCAAAGUGGACAAACACCGAGAGAAUUAUCUUGGAAAUUCCUUGAUGGCUCCAGUGGGACGCUGGCAAAAAGGCAAAGAUCUGACAUGGUACUCCAGAGACAAAAAAGGCAGCAGGCCCCCCACCAAGGAAGAGGAGCUUUCCGCUGUCAAGGCUGCAGAACAUGAAGCGUUGAUGGCUGCCUUAGGACACAAGGUCAUAAAGAGGCAACCGACUGGACUGACCAAAGAGGAUUUGGCAGACAUCUGUAGGAGAGAUGAAGAUGAUGGCGAAGAGAGGAAUGUGGAUCGAAUCUCUGGAUUGGGAAGCUCCAGUUCAUCAUCCCGCAAAGUGGUCCUCUCCCAGCAGGAAAAGGAGGCUGUUAAAAUGGGAUUGCCAGUCUUUACGCACCACAAGACCAGCGUUCUUCCAGAAACUUCAACAGCAAAGUCAUCAGAGAGUGUAAAGAAGGAAGAGGAGACUGAACAAUGCCAGGAGAGCAAAAAGAAGAAGAAAGAAAAGAAGAAUAAAAAGGAGAAAAAGAAGAAAGAGAAGAAGAAGAAGAAAAAGAGGCAAAGGAGCGAUUCGUCGUCGUCCGAUUCAGAUGACGACAAAAAAAGGCCCCGAAAGGACCACCACCGUCAUAAUCCAUCAUACCACAGUCAGAGCGGAGCCAGACCCUAUGACAGCCAUUCAAGGGGGGCACUAAAGGCACAGCGACAACCCGCCUACCCCCGCCACCGACAGCAGCGCCACGACACAGACUCCUCCGACGGGGGGUCCCCUGUCCCCCGUAACCCCUCCAGCCACAAGACGGCCCCUGGCGGUGUCGCACAAAGCCACAGGCGACGCCACGACUCGGACAGCUAAUGUCCUGACCCCACCCUCCCUCCCACUCAAAGACGCAGCGCUCUUCAAAAGUAUGACCAGUCUUGAAUACCUUGUUUAGCUAUUUGGGGGGUCAUUUUAGUAGCUAGGUUUUAUUGCAGGUUAAUUUUUUACUGAUUAAACAUCCCUCAUUUGUGCACAUAUGCUAAGUUUUUACUUAUUUAGUAUCAUGCAUAUGACAAAUCUAGCAUAACUUUCACACAGCAUCAUUAACAAUUAGCUGAAGGCCAAUUAGACACAGUGCAUCCAGAAAAUGUUCUCAGCGCUUCACUUUUUCAACAUUUUGUUAUGUUACAGCUUCAUUUCAAAAUGAAAUAAAUUCAUUUUUGUCCUCAAAAUUCUACACAAAAUACCACAUAAUGACUAUGAAUGAUUAUUUUUAGAGCUUUUAGAAUUGUGUGUGUGUGUGUAUAUAUAUAUAUAUAUAUAUAUAUACAUAAAGUCAUUACUUUGUUGCUUCACCUUUGGCACCAAUUACAGCACAAAGUCUUUUUGAAUACGAAGCCACAAGUUGGGCAAACCUAUCUUUGGGCAGUUUUACUCAUUCGUCUUUACAGCACCUCUCAAACUCCAUCAGGUUGGAUGAGAAGUGUCACCCAAGUCUUAGAUUCCAGAGCGCUCUGAAGCAGGUUUUCAUCCAGAGUGGCUCUAUGUUGCUGCCUUCAUCAUUCCCUCUAUCCUGACUAAUCUCCCAGUUCCUGCCGCUAAAAAACAUCACAGCAUGAUGCUUCACUGUCGGGAUGGUAUUAGAUUAGAUUAGAUUACAUAGUACUUUAUUGGCCUGGUGAUGAGUGGUGCCUGGUUUCCUCCGAACAUGACGCAUGGCAGAGUUUAAUCUUUGUCUUAUCAGACCAGAGAAUGUUGUUAUUCAUUGUCUCAAGAGUUUUUCAGGUGUAAUUCUACAAACUUUUGUGAAGGAAUGGCUUCUUUCUGGCCACUGUAACAUACAAGCCUGGUUGGUGGAUUGCAGCAGAUAUGGUUGUCCUUUUGGAAGGUUCUCCUCUCUCCACAGAGGAAUGCUGUAGCUCUGACAGAGUGUCCUCCUAUCGCCCAGUUUAAAUGGCCGGCCAGCUCCAGGAAAUGUCCUGGUAGUUCCAAACGUCUUCCGUUUUCAGAUGAUAGAGGCCACUGUGCUCAUUUAGGACCUUCAAAACAGCAGAUACGUUUUCUGUACUUUUCCCUACAUUUGUGCCUUGAGACAAUUAUUUUCGACUUAGUCUUGGUUUGUGUUUUGACAGUGUGGGACCUUAAAUAUAGACAGGUGUGUUCCUUUAUAAAUCAUGUCCAAUCUAAAGUAUUUACCACAGAGGGAAUCAAAUCAAGCUACGGGAAUAUUUUAAGGAUGAUCAGUUGAAACAGGGUGCCUUUGAGCUUGCUUUUAAUCUUAAUAGCUGUAAAGAUGUAAUUUGUUUAUUUUUUAAAACAUUUGGAAUUUUUUAUAGAAAAACGUUUUCACAUUGUCCAUCCAUCCAUCUAUUUUCUAAUGCUUAUUCCCUUUGGGGUCGUGGGAGGCGCUGGCGCCUAGCUCAGCUAAAAUCGGGCGGAAGGCGGCGUACACCCUGGACAAGUCGCAACCUCAUCGCAGGGUAUUGAGUGUAGAAUUUGGAGGACAAAAAAAAUAUAUUCCAUUUUGUAAUUAGGCUGAAACAUAAUGUUGAAAAGGGGAAGUGCAGUGAAUACUUUCCGGGUGCACUAUGACUAUCUGAUACCUACUAUUCUAACAAGGUGCUUAUUUUUACAAAGCAUCAUUGAAUAUUUUGAACAUUGUUUUAAUAAAGUAAUGACACGAGAGAGCUUUUAAAUCUCUCACCCUUCAAGGUCUGCACUGCAUUUAGAAUGCAGCUCCAAAUAAUGUUUGCCCUCAAUUGGUUUAAAUAGGGGGUAUUGAGCACACUGGCACCUGUGGGGGGUGCCCUAAACAAAAGAGCAAGGCAUUCAUAAAGAGUGAGAAGGAGAAAAAAAACAGGCAGCUUUUUUUUCUUUUCUAUUUUUUUUUUUUUAUAAGGAGUACCGUUAGCCUACCACACACAAACCAAGCUGAUGGAGCAGCAGGAGAGGCGGCUCCCAGACAAAGCCACCCUAUGAAGGAACCCAGGACUUGUACUCCCGCCCCUUUGCAACCACCUCCGCGCUCUCCUCAGGCCUGGUUUAUAAGCUCGGCUGCAUUAACCAUAGCAGCCUAAUCAACCUGCAGGAAUGCUGUCCAAGAUCACCUCGCUGCUGCACAUUGUGCUUGCUGCAUUAGGUACUUUCCAACAUGCAGGCAUCUCGUUGCUUGUUCCUGGGUCAAGGGGUGGUCAAACUAACAAGGGAUGCCAUGACACUCCCUUUAUGCACCCUCAACAACCCAAUAUAUGAUUAAGAACAAAACACAAUUACGGUCAAACAUAUGCGCCCGUUAAAUAUGUCGCCAAAACAAACAUAUGUACUGUAUAGUUAACAGAUGAGAAAGGGGAACAGUGAGUGCAUAAGACAUUGUUUUAUUGCAUAGUCACAUGUAAGAAAAAUACAUUUUGGAAAUCCUUUCCAGUCACUUUAAUUAGUGCUUUGUUUUACUCACACAAAAGAUUAACUUAAAUAUUUAAAUCUGUAUUAAAACAAGCCCACCUCCAUAUAUAGUCUAAGCAGUUCAGUAACACAAAGAAAAGUGUUCACAAUAAAGUGUUUAAAUAUUUUCUUUAAAAAUACCCACCUGAUAGGAGGGGGGAAUGACACUAAUGUCGUCUUACAUGAUGCAUACAACUUACAGUACAAGGCUGAGUGUGGGAUAACCAGUAUAGAGCAUUAAAAAAAAAAAAAAUAGUUGCAAAGUGUACACACUCUAAGGCAGCCCGUGGACCUGAGACAUGACAAUACACAAAAACACCAACCAGAGAAAGCAGGUAGAUUCAAAAACAUCCUUUUAAGUCAAUACCAGUGUUUAUUAAACAGGAGGUUGACACUCCCAGCUGUGCAUCUUUUUAUUUUGGUCACCAAUUUGAAUAAAACACUCACAAAAAGUUAAGAUACUCAACUUUUGGGUAGAUUUUCAGGAUUAACCAAACAUACCAACUAACCACAAUAUUGUUCAACAGUACCUUGCAGUUUUAGGCUGCUAACAAGAUGUUUUCAGAUUGAAGUGGCAACUGAGCUCAAUGCCAAAGAAAAGUUUGCCACCAGUUAGAAAUGUUGCUAUUCAGCUACUUGCUAGAGAACAGCAA